AUGGAUAUGUCUAAAGGACAACAGAUUUUCUCGCAGGAGAAGACUACUAGUCAUGCCUUUAACAAUGUUGAAGUCAGUUGGAAUGUCAGAGGUGCUGCGUGCACAAGCUUUCAAAAUAAUGUUGCGGAGUUGAUCCGUGGUAAUCGUCUGGAUUUAUUGUUUAUUUGUGAACCUAGGAUUAGCGGGAAGAAAGCCCUUGAUAUGAUUAAAUCUCUCGGGUUCUCUUCUUAUGAAAUUGUUGAUCCUGUGGGUUUCUCAGGAGGGUUAUGGUUAUUGUGGAAUGAUACUAAAUCUAUGCUAAACCGUGUGGAAUUAAGCGGGAGAAAUUAUGGGAUUAUCUCCAGUUUGUGGCUAGUUGUCAUCAAUUACCAUGGAUGCUUGCUGGGGACUUUAAUGAGAUGUUGCAUAUUGAAAGAUUUUAAAAGGUGGUUUACUGAGAAUGAAAUGAUCGAUUUGGGGUACUCAGGUCCUCGAUUCACUUGGACUAAUAAUAGGGUCUUCAAAAGACUUGACAGAGCUGUUUGUAAUUUGAAAUGGAGGCAAAUGUUUGCUGAGGCACAUGUCGUUCAUCUUCCUAGGACAAAAUCUGAUCAUUGUCCCAUCAAAAUAUGUCUGCAGUCGAGACUUUCUUCUACUCCUAAUGAUAGACCUUUUAGGUUUGAAGCAAUGUGGAUGCAACAUGAGAGCUUUAAGGAUUUUAUUGGGCAAAGGUGGGGGCAAAUUUCUGGUUCUGCUAUGGACAAGUCCUACGGUUUAAUUGAGUCUUUGAAGUUGUGGAAUCGUAGUGUUUUUGGUCAUCUAAAACAGAGGAAAGCUCGCAUUCUCGCAAGAUUGGCUGGUAUUCAAAUAGCUUUGUGUCAGGGACCUAAUCGAUUUCUGAGUCAGUUGGAGUGUUUCUUGGUGCAAGAUUUUAAUUCUUUGCUUGAUCAGGAAGCUCUUUUUUGGAAGCAAAAAUCUAGACUUAAAUGGCUGCAAGAGGGAGAUAGGAACACAAAUUUUUUCCAUAUGACAACUUUAAUAAGGCGUCGAAGGAAUAAGGUUGAACGGCUUAAGGAUGACAAUGGGGUUUGGGUGGAGACGGCUGAUAGCUUGAAAGCUCUUGCUAUCAAUUUCUUCACCAAGUUAUUUUCUCAAGGUCAAGUGGACUCUAACUCUGUGAUCAUUCCUAAUCUUUUUCCUUGUAUGGACCCUGUGAUUGUUUCUAAUUUACUAAGACCUAUUGAGAUGUCUGAAAUUAAAACUAGCUUGUUUAAUAUUGGUCAUCUCAAAGCUCCUGGAAUUGAUGGGUUCCCAUCUAGUUUUUAUCAGAAUCAGUGGAGUUUAUGUGCUAAGGAUAUUGGUGAUCUUGUUUGCAAAGUGUUUCAAGAAGGGAUUUUGCUUGAACGGUUGAAUGAGACCUUGAUUACACUUGUUCCCAAAUUAGAUAGUCCUCAAACUAUGGCUCAAUUCCGGCCUAUUAGUUUGUGUUGUACUCUCUAUAAAGUCAUUUCCAAGAUUAUUGUUGCUCGUUUAAGGCCUUUUAUGGGUCGUUGGAUAAGUCCUCAUCAAGUCAGUUUCGUCACAGGUAGGCAAAUCAUUGAUAAUAUUGUGAUUGUGCAAGAGCUUAUGCAUAAAUUUCAAGCUUCUAAGGGGCGGAAAGGUUUUUUUGCAUGGAAAAUUGAUUUGUCAAAGGCAUAUGACAGAUUGAAUUGGCAAUUUGUUGAGCAAGUGUUGUAUGAAUUAGCUCUACCUCCUCAGUUUAUCAAGUUGAGCAUGGCUUGUGUCUCUACAGUGAAGUACAAAGUUUGUAUUAAUGGAGAGCUUACUGAGGCUUUUUAUCCUGGAAGUGGGAUUAGAUAG